UGCCCAUUGCCAACCCCAGGGAGGCUGCGAGGAAGAGGAAGAUGGCCCGGGACACUGAGGCAGAGCAGGAGCUGAGCAUGGAGAGCAGGGAGGACAAAUGCCCGCGGCAGAACCUGGUGGAGGAGGCCGUUUUGAGCGGCUCCACGGCGCAGGAAACCAAUGGGGAGGAAAAGCCCCAGAGAUGCCGCACGAGGAGGGGCUGCAAACGCAGCCGGCGGGGAUCUGAGGGGGAAAGAGCCAGCCUGGGCCGGGAAGGCAGCCGGAGACAGAGCCAGAGCUCGGAGAUGGUGCUCCAUGAGCAGCUCCAUAGUGGGGAGAAGCCCCACACAUGUGGGGAGUUUGGGAAGAGCUUCAGGUGGAACUGCAACCUGAUCAGACACCAGAGGAUCCACACUGGGGAGAAGCCCUACGAGUGUGGGGAGUGUGGGAAGAGCUUCAGCCAGAGCUCCCACCUGAUCAGGCAUCAGAGGACCCACACUGGGGAGAGGCCGUACAGGUGCUCCGAGUGUGGGAUGUGCUUCAGCCGGAGGUUCAGCCUGAUCACGCACCAGAGGAGCCACACUGGGGAGAGGCCCUACGAGUGUUCCAAGUGUGGGAAGGGGUUUAAGACCAGCUCCCAUCUUCUCCAGCACUAUCUGAGUCACAGAGAGGAGAGGCCCUUCCAAUGCCCCGACUGCGGGAAAGGAUUCAAGGACAACUCCACCCUCAUCACCCACCGGCGCAUCCACACUGGGGAGAGGCCCUAUGAGCGUGAUAAAUGCAGGAAGAGGUUUCCGACCAGCUCCGUUCUCCUCCUGCACUAUCGGAUUCACAGAGAGGAGAGGCCCUUCCGCUGCCCUGACUGCGGGAAGGGAUUCAAGCGCAACUCCGACCUCGUCACCCACCGGCGCAUCCACACUGGGGAGAGGCCCUACGAGUGUCCCCAGUGUGGGAAGAGUUUCUGCAGCAGCUCUGACUUGACCAAACACCAACGGAGGCAGCACUAA